CGAUGUUUUGUCACAUCGCGAUUUGCUAUGCCGGUGGAUCAGGGUGACCGGAGCCCGGAACACUUGGCGCGGCGAGGUCUUGCAACUCAAAUUCUGGAUGUCCUGCAAGCCACCCCAUCACACUGAAAAACCUUAUCGACCUGAACAAGCAAUUUGUCUGGCGCUGAUCCUCCCGCGGUUAUGGAAGCCAAGUCUGGUACCCUUUGGUACGUCGCUUACGGGUCCAACAUGAGUGCGGCCAAAUUCACCGGCGGCCGAGGCAUCGCUCCGAUAGACGUGGCCCGAGUACGCCUUCCGCGCUGGGUUCUAUCAAUGGAGAUUCCAGGUCUGCCUUACUCUGAGCCGGCAUUCAGUAGCAUUAGCCGCCGUGGAACGUUGCGUGCCGAAGCUGCUGACGUUCCAGAUGUUAUUGGUCUUGCAUAUCUCAUCACCGAGGCACAAUAUCGGCACGUCAUUGCGUCUGAGGGAGGAGGUACAGCAUACGCGGAUAUCGCGGUCAUUGGCGAGGGUAUAAGGCCGGAGGAUCAGGAGAAAUUGCAGAAUGGGUGCAUGCUUAGGACCCUUACCAGUGCGGGAAUGACAAGAUCCCCGGUCCCAACUCCGAGUCUGCGGUACAUGAGCUUGUUAGUCGACGGGGCUGCUGAAGCUCGGUUGCCUCCUGAAUAUCAGGAGUACCUCCAGAGAUUGCCGGUCUAUCGGCCUCCAUCAACCUGUUGGACCAAGCUGGGGGCUUGGGUCUUCUUAGCAAUAUGGGGCCCUGUUAUGCAAUUGUUGGAGAGAGUUACUAUGGGAAGCAUUGGUGACGAUGGCUAUGCUUCGGCAUUUGCGAUUUGGCUUGUGCGGGUUACGAUGCGUCUGAUAUGGAUUACGCAUGACUGGUUGUUUGCACCGAUCUUUGGGAGAGGGGACGGCUGUACAGAUCGCUCACAGAAUGUUGCUGAACCUGAAUCAUGGUUGGAGAAGCGUCGUCUGUUAGAGGGAGUGUAGUUCCGAGCUCAAAAAAAAAGGCCAAAAGAC